CCGACGGGGCUACUGACGGGUACAUCCUUGAGCUCCGGACUUGACAUCGUGGGCACCCUAAACGCGAGCGCGAGCCACACAGAAAGUAAUCUGCGUCAACAAGAGAUAACCUACCUGAGCUACCGAGCUUAAAAUACCCCGACAUUGCCACUGGGCCACAAACAUCUUAUGGCUUCACCUAACACCAACCAUGACCACCGAGACCGAGAAAAUCGACGUCCUCAUCUGCGGCAGCGGCUCGGCCGGCCUCUGCGCGGCCGUUUGGCUAUCCCGGUUCGGCAUCCGCUACAAGAUCCUCGAGCGGCGCGCCGGCCCCCUCCGAAUCGGCCAGGCGGACGGCGUGCAGACGCGCACCGUCGAGAUCUUUGACAGCUUUGGCAUUGCCGAGGACCUGCUCAAGGAGGCGUACCAUGUGCUCGAGGUGGCCUUCUGGGCGGCUGAUCCCGCGGCCCAGGGGAUCAAGAGGACGCGGUAUGCGCCGGACAAGGAGACCAAGAUCAGUCAUCAGCCACAUGUUAUUCUCAACCAGGCGCGGUUGAAUGAGCUAAUGAUGGGGCAGUUGGGCCGGGUACCGCCGGUCGAGUAUGAGUGUGAGGUUAAGGGGGUUGAAGUUGAUGAUCACGCAGCAGGGGAUCAAGACGCAUAUCCCGUGAGGGUCAUGGCGGUGAAGGAUGGCCGGGAGAUAGCGUACCGGGCCAAGUAUGCGUUGGGCUGCGACGGCGCCCACAGCGUCGUCCGCAAAUCGCUUGGCUUCAAAAUGAUCGGCGACAGCAGUGACGCCGUAUGGGGCGUCAUGGACGUCUUCCCGCGCACAACCUUCCCUGACAUACGCAGAAAGUGCGUCAUCAACUCGACGGCCGGCAGCAUCCUCGUCGUGCCGCGCGAGGGCGACGCCAUGGUCCGCCUGUACACCGAGCUGCCGCCCGGCACCAAAGUCAGCGACGUUACCCUCGAGAGCCUGCAGCGCCACGCCCGCAAAGUGUUCAUGCCAUACACCAUGGACUUUGACGAGACGCCCUGGUGGUCUGCCUACGCCAUCGGUCAGCGCAGGGCCGACGUCUUCCACCGGGCCUUCCGCGUGUUCCUCACCGGCGACGCCAGCCACACCCACUCGCCCAAGGCCGGCCAGGGCAUGAACGUCAGCCUCCAGGACGGAUACAAUAUCGGCUGGAAGCUGGGCAUGGUCCUCACGGGGCGGGCCCGGGGGGAGUUGGUCGAGACAUAUGUGCUGGAGCGCGAGCGGACGGCCCGGGAGCUGAUCGACUUUGACCGCGGGUUCACCAAGCUGUUUGACUCCCGGUACCGCGAGGAAAACAACGUGACGCCGGGGCAGGUGGCCGAGCAGUUCGUCAGGGCUGGGAGGUACACGGCUGGCCAGUCGGUGCACUACGAUGCUUCGGUCAUUACGAUUGUUGGGGACCGGGACGGGGAGAUUGCAUCUGGAUUGACCGUGGGAAUGCGGUUUCCGAGCGCGCAGGUAGUUCGGUUCUGCGAUGCCAAAGCUACGCAGUUGGUUAAGGGCCUUCCGGCGCAGGGGCAGUGGUAUGUCGUGGUGUUUGCGGGAGACAUAACACAGCGGGAAGUGGCCUCGCGGUUGAAGAAGGUGUCUGACUCCCUCGAACUGACUGCUCAGCGCUUCACGCCGCUUGGGGCGUACCCGGAUAGUGUCAUUGACAGGGUCCUGGUGAUUGCGUCAGACCGGAAGAGGGUCGAACAGGAGGACAUCCCAGAGUUUUUCACCCCUGUGACGGGCAGAUGGGGAAUGCGAUGUUUGACCAAAGUAUAUGCCGACGAGGAAAGCUACAACUCUGGACAUGGACAGGCGUAUGAGACUUACGGUGUGGACCCUCAGAUGGGAGCACUAGUGGUUGUGCGGCCAGAUCACUAUGUGGCCAGACUUGCUCCCCUGGAGGAGGCUGACUCAAUACGGCAGUUCUUCGAUGCUUUCCUGGUACCUGUGGCGCUGAGCUGAGACAGUGCGCCUUGUAUGUAAGAGCCUGAGCGUUGCAACACAAGAAGGCAGCCAGGCUGAGCCAGAAAGUCACUCAGCAGUGUUCGACCAACGGUCACGUAUUUCUCUUCAACCAUUGCCGACCUGGAAAUUAGGUGUUUCGGUCAAGAAGCGAGCUCUGUUGGGCUUUGGCAUGGGCAGCACAGCAGUAGGGCUCUCUGCUGGUCAGGCGCCAGGCCGGCGGCCGCAUCAUGGACUGCAGCAAUGGAACACAGCAUAGGGCGUGUUGUAGGCUGGAAGGCACACGCGUGAGUCAAUGCAGCACUGGGGUGAGUCUGCUGUUGCAACUUUGAACUCUUCAGCAGGUCUAAAACGCACCGUGGCAACACCGUGAGGUCAUGUUGGUCACUUGCAGCAACGUGGCUCGCGGCCACACUGACGGGAUGCCUUGUCUCAUGC